UCCAUGAUCAGAGUCCAACUUGAGAAAUUCAGAGAUAGCUUGGUAGGUGAAGUCAUGGAAUCACGGUAUCAUCGGUUCGGCCCGUCUGAUAGCGGCUCCAUCCAUGUGGAGCCUACGGUCCCCACACAGACAGUAUUUACAGGUAUGAAGAGGAUAGUGAUGUAUACGCUUUAUGGCAUCCCCGUGCUGGGGCUGUUAAUUCUGAUGAUAGUGACUGGGAUAAAAUUGUCCCAGUUAAACCAGGAAAUCACUGACAUCAAACUUCACCUCGCUAGAAUCGUCCACGGAGGCACAUCUUCAUCAUCCAGCCCGGAUGCAACAGAAGCGCAGUUGGUCUACUUAGAGAAACUCACCCCAGUUAGAGGAGCAUGCAGGGAAGGAUGGGUGUCUUUCCAGAGGAGUUGCUACCUGCUGUCCACCACCACUGCCACCUGGAGCAAAGCAGAGGAGCAGUGCAAAACUCAAAGAGGACAUCUGGUGGUUUUAAACAACGUGGAGGAACUGGACUACAUUUCACAAAUUGUUGAAAUCAGAAGUUACUACUGGAUUGGGCUUGUGGAGCGGCAGCACGAGGGACACUGGAGCUGGGUGGAUGGAACGGACUACAGUUCAACCCCGACUUUCUGGGAUAAAGGUCAGCCCGAUAACUGGGACUACAGAGAGAACGGAGAGGACUGUGGGCAGAUUCACAGCUCGGAAAGACGCAAACGCAAACUAUGGAACGAUGCAGACUGCAGCCUGUCAUACAGGUACAUCUGUGAGUCCGGUGUGUGAGACGAUGACCCCCUCACUGACAAGAGAAAGACGGAAUAACGUUCCCGGUGACCUUUGAGUGUGUUUGUGUCAGAGAAAGAGAUGAGAGCUGCAUGUAUUUCUUUUGGCUUUUAAUGUAUAAUAAAUAAUAGCUUGGAAAACAA